GCUUGCCCUAUCCUAUUGUCUAUCGUAUACGAAUAGUAUAUAAAUACAAGUGUCUUGACUUUGGUAAAGUUAGUUUUGUGAAAUGAGUCAAAGAGGCAACCUAUCGGUUCUUGCUUGAUACCGUUAGUCAUACUGUGACAAAUUCAAAUACAGUCUAUAAAUAUUCGUGUAGAACAGCGUAAACGACAUUUUUACAUUCCAAUCGCGUUAAAAAAAUUUGUUUAAGUGAUACUCAAACGAAGAGGGAAUAAAAGGCAGAGAUCGUAAUGGCGCCGAUUAAAAAUAAUAAAGGGAAGAAAAAGGAAUCUCGUGCACGUUGCCGCUACGAUUCUUCCGACUAUUCCGAUUCUUCCGACUCGACGGAUUUUUCGGAUUCGGAUUCCGACUCUGAUUCCUAUUCCAGCGACAGUAGCGACUGUUGCAAGUGUGCGGAAUAUGAAUGCCGUCGAAUGAAAAGCCGCCAAAAGGGAAAGGGCAAGGAAAAAUCGAAAAGCAAAACAGCGAAGAACAGAGCACCGCGCAAUAAGAAAAAAACUGUUCGUCGUAAGAAACGCGAUUCGUCCUGCAGCUGUUCGUCCUGCUGCGACUACAGCAGCGAUGAGUGUUACGGUGACAAAUGUCAAUUGGGAAAAGGUCGCAAACAUAAAGCCUAAUUUUCAAAAUAUUUAAAUAUCGUCUCACCUUAAAAACCAAAAACGCUGGCGUUUUUAAUUUUUCCCCCAAAAAAAGGAUCUCUUGCGAUAAGUAACAUCGAAUAAGAAUUUUACAAAGGAUAACGAAAUAUUUUAUGUGCCUGUGAUAUUUAUAUUAUGUAAUAUGUAUUUUUUGUACGUUUAAUUUGUGCCAAUAAAGAAGAGUCAGAUCGAAAGAAAA